AUGUCACGUCAUGCCUGGGUUCCCAAGCGAUGGUUAACGUAUAAGACGAGGCGUAACAACAACAAAGAUAUGAGUGAGUAUGGACCAAUACGAGUACUUGAUGUAAACUCAAAUUUGAAAUUUGUUAGGUCUCUGGGUAAUGGUAUUGUAACAAAUGACUCUGAUUAG